CCAGACAAUCUAUAAAACAAAAACUCAACUUUAAUACAUAAAAAAAAAAACUACAAUAAUGUUUUGGUUUGUCAUUAUACCCAUGACCUUUGAUUAUCUUCCUCUUCUCUGUUUCUCUUUUCAUCAACGUCGUUCUUCAAUCUCUACUUCUACAAUCAAUUCUCUAUACUCAUGACUGAUAAUUUUCCUAUUUUAGUCGAUAAUGUGUUUAUGUUUAUACUUAAUUUUUAGUUGAUUUUGAUCAUAAACUUAAAUUUAUAUAUAAACUUUUUUAGGUAUUUCAACAAGAAAAACAAAGUGUAAAACAAGGGCUCAAAAAAGAAAGAAACAGAGAAAAGAUGAAGAACUUGUGAAAUCUUUGAGUAAUUCUAUGUUGAGGUAUGUUAAAAGAUCAAAAUCUGGUAAGUUUGAUGAAAGUGAUAGAGUUGGUGAUGAGAAUGAGAAUCAAGAAGAUGAUAAGGCCGGAGAAGAAACAAUGGCUGACUGUGACAAAGAGGAAUGUGAAAAAAUCUCUAAAGAAGAUGAUGUGCCUGUGGAUUUAGAAAAACCUCCGGAGAUUUCGAUUUUACAAUUUACAGAUCCUGCAAAUUGGAGAAAAAAUGAUCAGGGAUUAAAAGAUUAUCUAGUGCAAAAAAGUUCUAUGGAAAGAGUUGAAAGAGACUACGUUUUCCCCAAAAAUGAUGUUGAUGGGAACAAGAUGCCACUCAGUUGUCAAGCACAUGAUUCAACGAUUGGAGGAAUACUUUUUGCAUUGGUGAAAAAUCUUGCUAAGCAGUAUAUAGCAUUCCGUGGAACUAAGGAGAAGAUUGAUGAGAGAAAUAAUGGAAACUUCUUGAGAUUCAUUGAAACGUUUGAAGAGUUUGAUUCACUUACGCAGGAGCAUAUCAAACGAGUUAAAGAAGGACUUUUUGAGUUGCUUUGUUAUACAUUCGGUGAUCUCAAGUUGAAAAUCGAUGAUGUGAGAGGACAAGGCUAUGAUAAUGGAUCCAAUAUCAAAGGAAAACACAAAAGAGUACAAAAGCGAUUGCUUGAUAUCAAUUCAAUAGCAUUUUAUGCGUCAUGUGGUUGCCACAGUCUUAAUUUGGCACUUGCUGAUAUGGCCAAAUCAUCUUCAAAAGCGAUUUUAUUCUUUGGAAUAUCCAACGCAUCUACUGCUUGUUUUCAUCCUUUACACCUAGAAAGUGUUCAAGAAAUUCGUUUUCAAGAUCCAAAAAUAAGAGAUGCUUUAGACUAUUUGGCUGAAAAUUUUGAUGAUCCUAAAGCUCGCAGCGAUGCCGACGCUCUUGCUACAAGUGAAACUCAUGGAAUCGGAAGGUUUGAGUUCUUAUUUGGUUUGGUUAUUUGGUAUGAUCUUUUAUUUAUCGUAAACACGGUAAGUAAGGUGAUGCAAAUAGAGAAUAUUGCUAUUGAUACUGCUCUUGUUCAACUAAAGGGGUUGCUCUCGUAUUUUAGAAACUACAGAGAAGUGGAGAAACAUGGUGAAAGUGUGAUGCUAAGCGAGGAAGAGAGUUUCAAAAUCGAUUAUUUCUAUACAAUCGUGGAUCAAGCUAUAGUAUCUCUUCAAGCGAGGUUUGAACAAUUUGAAGAGUAUGGGAAACAUUUUGGAUUCUUGAUUGAUUUGAGAAAGCUCAAAAGAGAAACUGAAGAUGGAUUAAAAGCAUCAUGUAUCAAUCUUGAAACUUCUCUUAAACAUGGAAAGAAUUCAGACAAAUAA